AUGUCAAAUCGACAGGACUCUGCGGCCCGCGUGCGCACGCGACGCUCCAUUGCUCAUGUGCCUCGAUCUAAGACGGCCGGCUUGGAUAAGGAGAAUGCGACGACUGAUAUUGGAGCUGUUCAGCCAUUUGGAAGCAAUGGAAAACCACUGACUAGAGACAAGAAGUCCCGUAGUAAGAGUCUGGGCCCUGGUGGACUCGACGCUCUUCAAAAAUCCAACGGCAAUCGUCGCAAGGUGAGCUAUCAUUCGACGUCUUCCCCGCGCGCAUUCAUGACACCAUCUGAUCUCGACACUUUCCAGUCCACCGCUUCGUUCCCUCUCAAAUCGAUUCUCAAGCCUACUGUUCCCGGUUCCCCGGUUCGAAACAUCCCGUCAUUCGAGGAAACGCGUCGGCGCACUCCGGCUCGCGAUGCGCGGAACCAAAAAACGAACACAUCUAGCAACGAGCAAGAAGGACUUUUAAUCGACUUUGCAACCCCGAACCCACCUCCCGUUAUAGAAUCAGAGAACUUGGCCAACCCUUUUGAUACCUUCAAUGCGACAUCCGCCAUCCGCGAUGAAAUGGCCGCAACUAAGGAACGUGAUGAUAAAGAGCGCAAGGAGCGCGAACGCCAAACAAUUCUAGAGAAGCGCGAGGCGCGACGAAAGUCAAUGGCGAACCGCCGAGUAUCGUUUGCCCCAGAGGCUACCUUGCACACUUGGAACGUGGUAGACAUACCAGACGACUCGACCGCAUCGUCAGCCUCGAACUCUACCAGGCGCGCAUCGUCUACCAAUUCUCAGGCCCAGCAACAGGCACCCACCCGGGCGAAGGAGGCACCCGCCUCACCCGAGGGCGACCUUGAAGGUGACGCCGAGUCCGACUUUGGCUUCUCUCCUGUCCGCCAACAAGAUCUAGAGCAGAUGAGAGAACGGUCAGCAUCGACAGAAGGUCCCACAGACAUGUCUUCAAGUCCAUACAGCGGAAGCUCGGCAUCUAGCAGCGAAGACACCGGCGCGCACAGCGUGGUGGCUGAAGGGGAAGACGAUAAUUCCUCUGGAUCUGAUGAUGGCUUUGAUGCUGAAAGCACUGCUAUGAGUCUGGAUGAUUUAACUGCUCGCUCUGCCGUCUCCAUGCAGUCAGAUGUAUCCUCCAGCUCCAGCUCCAGUGCCCGACUUAACCAAGCGCUGCGCCAAGCUGCAAAAGAGGCCGGAACAGAAGCGUAUGAUGCUGAAAGUGGAGAAAUGUCAAUGGAAAUUGCGGACCAAGAAAUCACUGGUGCCUUCCAGCCCUGGAUCAAAAAGGGCCAACGGCAAAGCUUUGACUGGGAGGAUCUUAGCGCUCGUCAUGACCAAGAGAAUGCUGAGCCUUCCAAAGCUGCCUCUGCGAAUAUCCCAGAAUCGGAUGGUAUCGAUGAGGGUGAAGAUCUCAGUAUGGAUGUGACAAAUGCAGUCGGUCGAAUUCUUGGAAAGUCUCCUGGCCGAAGGAAGAGUGCGGUUCCUCGCAAGUCGCUAGGACAGGAAACCAACUAUGGUGACGAGACCAUGGAGAUGACCAAUAUGAUUGGAGGCAUAUCGAGAAUGAACCCUACCGAAGCCCCUGAUUACGAUGACAACGAUGACAACGAAGAUGAAGAGAUGACGAUGGAGUUCACUUCAGUUGUUGGUGGUGUCUUGAGCAAAGCUGCGCCUCAGCAGCAUUAUAUGAACGACGAUGCUGACCAAGAGAACACUACUCCAAAGUCGGAUCGUAUGGAUUACAAUCGCGAUAACGAGUCAGAUGGAGACAUGGACAUGGAAAUGACUGGCGCUGUUGGUGGAAUUCUACCGUCGGGACUGGAAACCCAGGAUAAGGCCCAAGCCAAGAUGGUGAUGGAACUUGAGGGUGAUUCAGGGCAAUUGGCUAGCUCACCUUUCCAGGAGAGCGUCCGAAAAUCACCUGCCAAGUCUCCAGCCAAAUCGCCACUCGGCCUUCACGUUGCUGCAGUGGCUUCUGAGGACGGCAGCCCUAGCCUGGCAAGCGUCAAGUCCAGACGGACACGCCGUAGCUCUGCAGGCCCGUCGAGCACUCCUCAAUCUGCGACUCGACGCCGAUCGCCUUCAAAGCCAUCAACGCCCCCUAAACAGUCAACACCACAAACGAAACCCACCACGCCCAGUAAGACUCCUCCGUCUGCCAAUGUCUCCUUCCGAAGCGCUUCCCCGAAAAAGCUCUUCAGGCCGGAGCUCAAGAAACAGUCGGCGGAAAAACGCAAGUCUCCUCGUCGAAGCAUUUUUGAACAGGAUACGGCUACUGGCCAGUCAACUCCUCGCAUCAUCUUGCAGCCCCGCGAAGGGCGUCGCUCUUCCGGGCUUGGAAUCGACAGGGAAGGCCUUGGGUCGCCUCGUGUCGCUGCUAUGCUCGACAAGCGCCUGUCUCUCGGUGAAAAUACUCCGCAAUUUGCUCCUCAGGAACGAUCUCGUGGCGGUGUCCGCUUUGAGGACCCAUUGAAAAUGCAAGCGGAGGAAGAGGAAGAUCGCGAACAAGAAGAGCUCAGAGAGGAUGGCCAUAUACUAUCUGGCAAUUCUGAUGAGCGGGACGUCACCGCGAGCCUAAAGGACAUGAUUUCAAGUCUCAGUCCGAAGAAACUCAAGGGCCGAAAAAGUCUCCAUGUGGGAGCCGCACGUGGUAUUCUCGGGAAACGCCCCAUCGAGCUCGAUGUUGAGGAAGAGGAGGCCGAGAACUCACCCAAACGACUCCGCGGGCAUGAUGUGAGCCCUGUCAAGGGUGUCAAGCUGCCAGCCCCGACACCCCAGAACAGGCCGCGUAAGUCGAUGCGCUCUCCGACUCGUAGGGCCGUCAGUUCUUCUCCUCUAAAGAACAGCACCACUCCUACUCAUGAACCUCGAAAUGCAUCCAAAACCGGCGCCACCCCUCAGAAAGAGGAUAUUGAUACCCCGAAUAUUGCUUCUGAUCCCCCACAGCCGGAGCCAGAGGAUGCAGAGGUCAUCUCCCAAGAACAGAGUGCUGAUAGCGAGCCUAUUCAGCUACAAGACUUCCUGAACAUGACCAACAUUCAUUUCAUGGAACUCACUACAACCAAGAGACGACACACCACUGCUCCUGGAAGUGCUACCAAGAGACGAAGCCGGAGAGCGAGCGAGAUCACCAGGGCCGGAAGCAUUACUUUCAAUGAUUGCGUGGCUGCUGGUUUCUGUACGGUGCCUAUGUUGGAGCUGUACCAACAUUCCUGCCGUGAGUUGAAGUCGUAUAUCUCGGAAGGCCGACAGGUUAUCCGAUCGAUUGAGGCCGAAACAUACGAAGACAACCCUCCUCUGUUCCGGGAGUAUGUUACGGCACCGCCAGACAUUCGAGUUAUCAUGGACAACCAGUUCCGAAAUGUCAAGACUCAUGCACGACUUCUCAGCAAGGCUACAUGGUAUGAGUGGCGUAUGAAGCUCUUGGAGGGUCUCAAAGAGGGUCUUCACCGAAAUGUGAAGGACAUGAAAGCCGAUGACGAAAUACUUUCUCAACGCGAGGAGCUUCUCAACAGUGCCGUGCCUGCUCUCGUGGAGAAGCACGCCUCUCUAGAAGAGGAAGCAAACAACUUGCAGCAGCUUGUCGAAGAGAUGGAGAGCUGUGAUCAAGAUGAGUUGUGCAGCGCUCGCAAGACGCUCUCCGGUCUUGAGGAUGAGAUCGAGGCGAAGAAGCGAGAGCUUGUACAGCUGCAGAACGAGGCCCAAGAGAGAACAGACUUGAUUGAGGCCGGGACGGAGAUGCGUGAGGAAUUUAUGACCCAGAUCCAGCAGGCGGAGCGCGUCAAGGAGGAAUGUCGCGGGUGGAGCGCUCGCGAUAUCAACGAGCUCAAAGCUUCCGUACAGCGGAUCGAGCGCCAAACUGGCUGGGCAAUUACAUCUGCAUCAGCUAAUGAUGAGGAAGCCACCGACCCCAUAUUGAUCAUGUCAUACCGAAGCCAACUGCAAAUCAUGUUCCACCCCGGAGCAUUUGCCACCAAGAACCCCAAUGCCGACAAAACCAACAAACUUCUCGAUUUGAGCUUCAUUAGUGGUAAAUUGGCGUCUCCAAUCGCAUCCCUCGUCCUCCAGUCACUGCGAAGCCAUCUAGCCACCAUUCAGCAAUCAAAGAUUACCCCGAAGCAGCUCUUGCACUUCGUCUCAUCCGCAUGGGAUCGCGCUCUUGGUCUCGAAAACGAGGCUCGCAUGCUCGAAUUCUGCGGCGUCACUCGUCUGACGCUCUCCGAGCCCGCCGAAACGUCCUUGUCUCUCCGUGCUCGUUGCACUCUCCUCGGCAACGCUGCUGCACCAUCCACGCCGAGCCGCAAAGGUACCGCAGCGAAGAAUAACGGAACUAAACGAAUCGACGUCGACUUCAACGUCCGCACUCACAUCAUCCCCGAAGACUCGAAAGAGAUCGGAUCUCUAGACUUCAACAUCGACGUCCUUGCAACCAAAGUCUACGGCUUCGGAUCCGGAAACAAGUCCGGCCUAUCAGGCAAGGAAAUGCAAAGUAUCCUAGGCAAGGGACUUAAGCACCAGGAUGGUGAAGCCCACCUUGGAAACGGUGUUUGGUGUAAGGCUGUGCGAUUGUUAACUGGGUCUGUGUUUUAA